AUCAUCUGAUCAAUUAGUUUUUUAUAUAUUAUAUAUAUACAAGUUGGUAGACGUAAAUUAGCACGAAAUGGGUUGAUGAUGAAGAUUGCUAGAUUGAACCUUACGUAGUGGCCUCUAGUAAACGUUGGGGUUGGGUUUGGUUGGCCCAGAUAUGACCGGGAACUAGUAGGUGCACGGUGUUUAGGGUAUUGGCUACACGUUUAUGCUAUUUGUGAACGUCCUAGUUGGCUAGACUGCUAGCUUGACUCAAUUGUUUUCAUAACUUAUAUAUCUUUAAUAAUAUUGCACAAUGGUUUCUGUAAAGAGAGAACGGGAAGCUGACUUUGAAGACGACGAUGACGACGAUGUGCCAUCCAAACUUGGCCGCUCUAAUGACUCAGAAGAUCGAAGAAGCCGCCACUGUCCAUACCUUGACACAAUAAACAGGAGCGUGUUGGACUUCGACUUUGAAAAGUUGUGCUCCAUCUCUCUCUCACACAUCAACGUGUAUGCUUGCCUCAUCUGUGGUAAAUACUUCCAAGGGAGAGGUUUGAAGUCUCACGCCUACACGCACAGUGUGCAGUUCACGCACCACGUAUUCCUCAACCUGCACACACUGAAGUUCUACUGCCUGCCUGAUAACUACGAAAUCAUCGACUCGUCGUUGGAAGACAUCACGUAUGUGCUGAAGCCCACUUUCACCAAACAACACAUCUCUGGAUUGGACAAGCAGGGCAAGCUGUACAGAGCCUACGACGGCACAACCUACCUGCCUGGCAUCGUGGGGCUCAACAACAUCAAAGCCAAUGACUAUGCCAACGUGGUGCUGCAGGCCCUGUCCAACGUGCCGCCGCUGCGUAACUACUUCCUGGAAGAGGAGAACUACCGCGAUAUCCGCCGGCCGCCCGGUGACAUCAUGUUCCUGCUGGUGCAGAGGUUUGGGGAGUUGAUGCGCAAGCUGUGGAACCCGCGGAACUUCAAGGCCCACGUGUCGCCCCACGAGAUGCUGCAGGCUGUGGUGCUCUGCAGCAAGAAGAACUUCCAGAUCACCAAGCAAGGAGAUUCGGUGGACUUCCUGUCCUGGUUCCUGAAUGCUCUCCAUGGAGCUCUGGGAGGGACCAAGAAGAAGCCCUCGAGCAUCACCAAAGUGUUUCAAGGCUCCAUGCGAAUCUUCUCCAAGAAGCUUCCCCACCCUGAUUUGCCGCCGGAGGAGAAGGAAGCCCUCUUGCUGAAGGAGGAGUACCAGGAGGAGAUGUCCGAGUCUACCUUCCUGUACCUGACACUUGACCUGCCCACGGCUCCCCUCUACAAGGAUGAGAAGGAGCAGCUGAUCAUCCCUCAGGUCCCCCUCUUCAACAUCCUGGGCAAGUUCAACGGCAACACGGAGAAGGAGUAUAAAACCUACAAGGAAAAUUUCCUCAAAAAAUUCCAGCUGACCAAACUGCCUCCCUACCUCAUCUUCUGCAUCAAGAGAUUCACCAAGAACAACUUCUUUGUGGAGAAGAACCCCACCAUCGUCAACUUUCCCAUCACCAACGUGGACCUUCGUGAGUACCUGACUGAGGAGGCCCAGGUCACAGAGAAGCACACCACUUACGACCUGGUGGCCAACGUGGUGCAUGAUGGGAAGCCGACCGAGGGAGCCUACAGAAUACAUGUCCUGCAUCACGGAACUGGGAAGUGGUACGAGAUGCAGGAUCUGCAAGUGACGGACAUCCUGCCCCAGAUGAUCACCUUGUCAGAGGCCUACAUUCAGAUCUGGAAACGAAGGGAGAGUGAAGAUGACACAAAUAACCACACAGGGGCGUGAGGAACGCAGGUAAAGAGCGGGAGGAAGGGGGGGAAGGCAGACACGCUGUAGAUUAACUCACAAGAAGACUGUCCCAAGACAACAACAUUUUAUUUGUGAUUCCAAGAAACAUGUAAACAUGUAUUUUUCUUUUUGGAUUUGAUUGUCACUCUACUUUUUAAAUGUAACUUGAAAUGGUCAAAUAAACAUGCUUUAAAAGUAUAUUCAUGUGUAACUAGUUGAUGAGCUUUGAGGUUUUGUUAUUGGUUUUUGAAAAUAAAUGUGUAUGUCACACCAGUCACCUGUGGGUGGGGAGGGUCGUACAGUGACUUGACUCAUCAUCAUUCGUGACCACUCAACUCACCACGCAACAGGGUCCUGACAGGACUUUUCUCCAGGUGUUUUUCAAGUGCCAAUUUGUUUAAAAGUUGACAGCAUUCUGCCUGGGAUGCUGGAGUCCAAACACCCUCUAGUGGCUUGAAGUGGACAUUGUGAUGUCGGAAAUACUGAUUUUUCAAUGGUGUAUCAAGCAAUGAUCAGGUCCAAGUGACUCAUGUUGCAUAGUUGCAUAGCUUUGUAAGAAAUAAACAUUUUGGUGAAAAGAUAUGGACCGUGAAAUGUCUUAAAUCUUUCAAGAGAACAGCAUUAAAAGUUAGAAGGAUAUAGUAUAUAAUACUGGUUAAUGUUGAUUGCAUAGCAUGUGCUUAAAAAAUCAGUUAAAAUACAUCAGUGAAAAUAAAAAGCCAGCAACACAAACAUCAGUGCAUAAUUGAUUACAGUUUCUACUGCAAAAGGAAGAGCAUAAGACAAUAGCGCAUUUAAUUUCAUAAAAAG